CUACGGGAAGUGCCACAGCCCCCAACUUGCGUUGGAAACCUUUCACGCUAUCAAGAACCCUAACCUCUUCUCGUACAACAUCGUGAUCGAGGCGUGCGCCAAAAACGGAUGGAUCGACAAUGCGCGAUCGCUUUUCGAUCGCAUGCCUCUCCAGCAUGUGAUCUCCUGGACGACAAUCCUUGCUGCGUAUGCCCAGGCCCGGGAUCUAGCCCAAGCGCGCAAGCUCUUCGACUCUAUGCCCGAGAGAACCCUCGUUUCCUGGACAGCGAUUCUUGGUGCCUAUGCACAAGAGGGAGAGAUCGAAAAAGCAAAGCAUUUGCCCAGCACGGGCAUUUGGAAUCAGCGGAGCUCUUUUUUGAUUCCAUGCCAGAACACAAUGUUUCGUCCUGGAACGCGAUCAUGGACGCCUUUGCACAAGAUAAUCAACUACAAAAAACACUGCAUUUUUUCCAAGCCAUGGCUGAACGAGAUCUUAUCAGCUGGACGUGCGUGAUCACAGCUUAUUCUCUUGCUGGGCAUGUCGUUUUAGCAAGAAAGACCUUUGAUUCCAUGCCCGAGCGCGAUCUCGUUACGUGGACCGCCAUGAUCCAGGCUUACGCUCAUAACGGAGAGCCACACAAGGCGCGGGAACUCUUUGAAAAGAUGCCCUUUCACAACGUGGUGGCCUCCACGGCAAUGGUGGCGGCAUAUACCUUCCGCGGGCAAAUGGACGAGGCCAGGAAACUCUUUGACUCUCUGACCAAAGUCAACAUGGUGACUUGGAAUACCAUGUUGACUGGAUAUUCGCAGCACGGGCAUCUGGAGCAAGCACGCGCCAUUUUCGAUACCAUGCCCGAGAGGGACACGAGCUCCUGGAACGUCCUAAUCGCUGCAUAUGCCCAGGCAGGGUAUCUCGUAGAGGCCGAGAAACUCCUCACCAGAAUGGAGCGCCUGGAUGAGGCAUCGUGGACGGCUCUCAUUGUCGCCCACCUCCACCACGGCCACCUCCACGAAGCCAAGAGCAUCUUCGACAGCAUGACCGUGCGAGACAUCGUCUCCUGGACAAGCAUGAUCUCCAUGUACGGACAGAUCGGGGAGGUGGAGCUCGCAAAGCUCGUGUUUGAUUCCAUGCCGCUGCGCAACGAGGUCUCGUGGAACUCGAUGGUUUCCGUGUUCGCACUCAACGGACGAUACUCCCCCGCCGUGGAGCUCCUCCGCGACAUGGAUCUCGAAGCCUCGAGCCUCAACGACAUAACCUUCGUCGACAUUCUCAGCGUUUGCAGCCAUCUCGGCCUGCUGAGCGAGAGCCGGAGCCUGUUUGGAUCGAUGAUCCAGGACCGAGGGAUGGUCCCGACGAUGGAACACUUCGGGUGCCUGGUGGGUGUCAUGGGACGCUCGGGGCAGCUCGAAAAGGCCCAGGAGCUCGUCCAAUCCAUGCCUUACACCCCGGACUCUGCUGCCUGGAUGACCCUGGUGGGAUCUUGCAAGCUCCACCACGACGUUGGCCGGGGAUCCCACGCGGCCAAGCGAGCCUCCAAGCUCACCACGCUAAAGUCCGCGCCAUACGUUCUGCUCUACACCAUGUACGCAAAUGACCGUGGAGAUCGUUUGGAUCAAAAUUGACCAUUGUGAAAUUCAACGGUUGACGGUCUCAGACUCCGGAUAUUUUCCGACACUAAGUCUACUGAUUGACCAUAAGGUCAACGGACAAGAAAAGUCAACGGUCCAUUGAUUCGC